AUGGUUCUUAUGAUUCAUAGGCGCAUUGUGGUGUGGGUGGAGGAGUGUUUUGAGGCCGAGCUUGCUGCGCUGCUUGAGAAUCUGAAGUUAGCUGUGACAUUGUCUUCUCAUAUCUGGGUUGAGCUGGAUGCUGCAGUGCUCGUUUUGCUCAUGUCUGCUGGGCAUCACGGUCAUGCUAGUAUCCGAUAUUUUGUUGCCUGGAUUCGACUGCUUAUUCGACACCGGCAGGUUCGAUUCACUCACAUCCAUCGCGAGGGAAAUCAUCUUGAGGAUUUUAUGGCUAGGCAAGGGCAUCAGACCCAGGCUUUGACUACUUUUGAUUCAGAGUCUACUCCUCGUUAUUUUCUUGCCCUAGUUAAGAUGGAUCAGUUUGGUUAUCCUAACUUCAGAUUUAGAUAUCAUGUUGAUAGCUAG